UAUUUCCAUGAAACUAAUGUGUCUUGUUUGCGCUCAGUUUGUUUUUAUAUCAGUCAUUUUCAGUGCUCGCCAAGGCCUGAUGUGCGAGAUUGUUGAUCUGACUUUGAUUGAGCUUGACUAUUUAUGCUUAUUAAUUUGUUAUAUCUAUGUGAUUGUUAUAAUCUACCUACUGUUCUAAGUAUUUAUGUUGUGAUCACAUAUGCCUCUUUUACUAAUAUUGCUUCCGGUAUUAUUACUAACUACAUAAAGAUUCCAUCUAUAUUUC